UCCCGAACCACGUGACCAUUAGAAAAAAAGAAAAGAAGAAAACAAAAAUGGCGGCGCACUGUUUUGCACGACUUACAGCAACAACAUCAGAACUAGUUGGUUUCUUGCGGCGAGUUUGUUGUCCAAGAAGCUGUGGUCCCCCUACAGCACUGCUCUGUCAGCAACACCGACGCUUCUUCUGGAGAAAGUGGAUAAGUUCUCAUAAUGUAGUUCGUCCAGCUACUGUUAAGCCUGCUUAUGCAGUACCCAAGCACAUUGUGCAGCCUGGCUAUGUCGGCACUAACCUGAUCCCAGAAUGGCCAGACUACAUAGAGAUCAAAGGCCAAGAGCAGAUCGAAGGUCUUGCCAGGGCAUGUGAGCUAGCCAGACAUGUACUCCUACUAGCCGGACGCAGUCUGAAGGUUGGUAUGACAACGGAUGAAAUUGACUUCAUUGUGCAUCAGGAGACAAUCAAGCACAAUGCGUAUCCAUCGCCUCUCAGAUACGGGGGAUUCCCCAAGUCAGUCUGUACAUCUGUGAACAACGUGGUGUGCCAUGGCAUACCUGACAGUCGGCAACUUCAAGACAGAGAUAUUAUCAACGUUGAUGUCACUGUUUAUUUAGAUGGUUACCAUGGUGACACCUCAGAAACCUUCUUGAUUGGCGAGGUGGAUGAGGUUGGGCGGCGUUUGGUGGAAACCGCCAGGCGUUGCCGAGAUGAGGCCAUCACCGCCUGCAGGCCGGGUGAACAACUCUGCGUUAUAGGAAACACUAUAAGUGAAAUAGCCCAUGCCAAUGGCUUCCAAGUGUGUCCUUAUUUUAUUGGACAUGGAAUAGGCUCCCACUUUCAUUGCCAUCCUGAAAUCUGGCACCAUGCGAAUGACAAUGACAUGACGAUGGAUGAAGGGAUGGCUUUCACAAUAGAGCCCAUAUUGAUGGAGGGGUCUGUAGAGUUUAGAAUACUGAAGGACAAGUGGACCGCAGUGUCUGCAGAUGACAAAAGGUCGGCUCAGUUUGAACACACGGUUGUCGUUACAUCUGACGGGGUGGAUGUUCUCACCAAACUGCCGGAGGAGAGCGAUCUGUGACCUGAAGGCAUCAAACUGCUGACCUGCACAUCAACAGUUAGAAAUCAUGAUGAACAUCACAAAGGAUAUAAAAUAUCUUUUGUGAUAAUAAAACACUGUUAAAGGACUUCAAUGGUAAUUCACCUGGAUGUAUUUAAGCCUGCUGUUUUGACCUGUAAAGUGUAUGAAAAGAAAUAAAACACAUUUUACUUUA